AUGCUCACCUUAGCGACAUGGAAUAUUAGAACUCUCCUUGACAAUGCCAAUGCAGAUAGACCUGAGAGAAGAACUGCGCUAGUGGCUAGGGAACUGUCCCGUUACAAAGUUGACAUCACAGCCCUUAGUGAAACACGCCUUGCAGACAAAGGACAACUAACAGAGACUGGCGGCGGUUAUACAUUCUUCUGGAGUGGGCGCAGCAUCAAUGAGAGACGUGAAUCUGGUGUGGGAUUUGCCAUUAAAACAACCCAUGUCCCGAAAAUUCCAAGCAUUCCUGAGGGUCUUGGCGACCGACUCAUGAAGAUGCAGCUACCAUUGAGACACAAGACCAAGGCCACAUUGAUCAGUGCCUAUGCCCCAACCAUGACAAACCCUGAUGAGGUCAAGAACAGUUUUUAUGAAGAGCUUGACUGCUUGAUUUCAUCUGUCCCGCAGUCAGAGAAGCUUCUUGUCCUUGGGGACUUCAACGCCCGCGUCGGAACUGAUCAUCAAGCCUGGAACAACACCAUUGGAAAACACGGAAUAGGCAAAUACAACAGUAAUGGACUCCUCCUACUCAGAACGUGUGCCAAACAUGACCUGGCCAUCACCAACACCAUGUUCCGUCUACGAACCCGCAACAAAACGUCAUGGAUGCACCCUUGCUCUCGGCACUGGCAUCUCAUAGAUUACGUCAUCACCAGGGUCAGGGACAGGCGAGAUGUACGACUGACCAAAGCCAUGUGUGGUGCUGAGUGCUGGACAGACCACCGCCUGAUCAUAGCCAGACUCAACUUCAUCAUCCAGCCCAAGAGGAGACCACAGGGGCAGAAAGCAGCCAAAAAGCUCAAUGUCAACAAAUUAAAAUGUCCUCAAACAACUGAAGAACUGCAAUUGAAACUGGAUGGCAACCUUGAGAACCUCCAGCCAGAUCGCAACAAUGUUGAUGACUACUGGGCUUCCUUCAGAGAUGCAGUUCACUCUGCAGCCCUGGAAGUUCUUGGCCCAGCUGUCAGACGCCACCAGGACUGGUUUGAUGAAAAUGACAGCGAGAUCCACAAUUUACUGGAGAAGAAACACCGCUUGCUGAGGGCCCACCAAAGUGAUCCCUCCUGUGGGGCAAAGAAGGCUGCUUUCACCAACAUGAGAAGCAAACUCAGUGUCAAGGCUGAUGAAAUUCAAAACUAUGCUGACAGACACGACCUCAAGAGAUUCUAUGAUGCACUGAAGGCUGUCUAUGGUCCACAGUCGAAGGGAUCAUCUCCUCUACUCAGUGCCGACGGCUCUACCCUUCUCACAGAGAAGAAGCAGAUCCUUGAGAGAUGGGCUGAACACUUCCACAGCGUGCUCAAUUGCCCCACAGAAGAGGUCAACAAAGCAAUCAAACAAAUGACCAGUGGCAAAGCUCCUGGCCCUGACGCCAUCCCUGCAGAGGUUUUCAAGAUGGGCGGCAAAUCCAUCCGCAAUGAGCUGACAAGUCUCUUUUAG